AUAUGCAGCAAUUUUAUUUACAGUUUUUGUAACAGAAUCUAGAAGGGACAGGCUUAUGAUUUAAGGCAUUCAGUGUAUUCUAAUUUUGCUAACCCCUUGUUUUUACUUUUAGGCAAUACUGCAAAGAUAUUCAUUGAGAUUCAGGAUGAAAACGAUCAUGCUCCUAUCUUCACAAAAAAGAUUUAUAUAGGAGGUGUCUCUGAAGACGCUAGAAUGUUUUCUUCUGUGAUCAAAGUAAAGGCCCAUGAUAAAGACACUGGCAACUACAGUGCCAUUCAGUAUAGACUCAUCAUCCCUCCAAUCAAAGAUGGCAAGGAAGGCUUUGUGAUUGAACCAUAUACAGGACUGAUCAAAACAGCAAUGCUCUUCAAAAACAUGCGACGAUCUUAUUUCAAGUUUCAGGCCAUCGCAACGGACAAUUAUGGGAAAGGGUUGAGCAACAAAUCAGAUGUACUUGUCUCAAUAGUCAACCAGCUGGAUAUGCAAGUCAUUGUGUCAAAUGUACCUCCUACUCUUGUAGAACAAAGCAAAGAUCAGCUUAUAGGGAUUUUGGAACGCUAUGUGCAAGACCAGAUUCCUGGUGCAACAGUUGUGGUGGAAUCCAUUGGUGCUCGCAGAUAUGGUGAUGGAUAUUCAGAAGAAGAUUAUUCCAAAUCUGACCUCAUGAUCUAUGCAAUCGAUCCUCAGACAAACCGUGCUAUAAUGAGGAAUGAACUUUUCAAAUUCUUGGAUGGUAAGCUUCUGGAUAUCAAUAAAGAAUUUCAACCAUACCUUGGACAAGGAGGACGUAUUUUGGAAAUAAGAACACCAGAUGUGGUAGCCAAUGUCAAAAAGCAGGCACAAGCUGUGGGCUACACAGAAGGAGCUUUGCUGGCUCUGGCUGUCAUCAUCAUUCUUUGCUGCAUGCCUGCUAUUUUAAUAGUUAUGGUCAGCUACAGACAAUUUAAAGAGAGACAAGCUGAAUGUGCAAAGACAGCUCGCAUCCAGAUGGCCUUACCAGCUGGCAAAUCAGCAAGCAUCCCUGCCAAUAAUCUCUACGAGGAACUGGGUGACAGCACCAUGCAUCAUCUUUUACUUCUCUACCGUUUUCAACAAAGCAGGAGAAAAAAUGUAUUGUUAGAUGGAGGAGACCGUCAGAGAGCUAUUAGUAGCUUUGCUUCUCGUGCAAUUGAGGCCCACAAGCGGUCUAAUAUCAGAGGAACAUUGAAAAAUAAUUUCCCCAAAUCUGCAAGCAAUAUUACAUUUUUAUCUGAUGAGACUCCCUUAACUAUUCAAAACCCUCUGUAUGCUGAGGGUGCAUUGCAUAGUUCCACUUCUGAGUUGUUACAGGAAAGCAAAUACAUUGUACCCCAUUUUUUUCAUAGAAAGUCAGCCUUGAAAAAUGUUCUAUUGAGUGGCACUUUGAAAGACAUUGAGCAGGCAUGGACUUUACCAAGUCAGUUUACCAGGAAAAAUAUUUUGCUCAUUAUGGACCCAAUUCAAUGGGACCAGGAGGAAAACAGAGUAAAGAAUGAAAAGGUUGGAAUCCAUAAAAGAAGAUCCAAUAGAAGCAGUAUAAUCUUGAAGACCAUCACUGGCACAAGGACAUCAGUUAGAGAAAAAGCAAGGCAGUUUGAGCAGCAGGCUCUGCAAGAAAUGCAACAAAUGAAAUGCCAAGAUAAGAAAAGUGGGCUUUCCCUGGCAAGUAGCACUUGUAUCCAGGAUGAAGAGGGAACAGUAGAACCAACUUCUGAAUGUUUUCUUCCAUCUUCAGGAUCUCCUGCACUUUCUUUUUCUUCAUUCCAAGCAUGUUCUGAGGUGACUGAACUUAGAACAUCAACAGCACCAUCCAUUGCCAUCACUCACCAUGAUAUACCUGAACAGUUAUCCCCUCUACCAAGCCAUAUGGUAACUCCUCCCCCUUUUAGCAUCAAAAUGUCUGAGGAUGAAACAAAAAGCAUUCAAGACCCACCAAAACCUCCUCUUCCUCUUCCACCUCCUUCUCCUUCCCCUCCACUGCUUCCUCCUCCCUCAUUAUCACUUCCCUUCCCUGCCCCUCAAAGGCUUUCCUUGCCUUCCUCACCCAUUCAAAGCACCCAACUGCUACAUGUCAAAAAAUGUACUAAAUCAACUUCCAACCAAACCAUGGUAUCAUCACAGGGAGAACCUGGUGAUUCUUCUCGCAAGCAACUGAAGGGAAUUCUUAAAAAUAUCCAUAACUUAGCAGACAUUGAAAAAUCAGUAGCCAAUAUGUACGGCCAGAUAAAUAAAAAUUACAUUCUGCCUAAAGACGUAGACAAGGCAAAGCCAAUAACAGAUAUUGAAAUUGUAGCUGAAGCUGAUGAGUGUAAUUUGAGCAGUUUAGUGAAGGAACAUGAAAAACAAUUCCCAUCUCAGGCAACUGCACUAUGACAGUCCUGAGUGAUUUUGUGUGUGGUGUAUGCCGAGUACAUCAUGCAUUCCAUACAUUCUAGACCCAAUCAGAAUGUUUCUUUUUCUCUCUCCUUCACUUCACAGUCUGCUAAUCUCUAAUAUUGCUAUUCUUGAGAUGAACUAUGAUUUCAUCUUGGAAUGGUUAAUUGUUCAUUUCUUAGAUGGCUGGUCUAUGUUAAAGGGGAAAAUGAGACAUUACAAUUCUAAGAGCCAUGAGUGCACUUUAGCAGUUAGGAUGCUAAAUAUCAGAGGAAUAUUUUAUUUGGUCAAAAUGAAUUGUCUCCAGAGAGAAAUGUUUAUGAAUAAAGGAGAAUAUUUGUAGCUUAGGGUUGAGAUGGGGGAUUCUGGUUGCUCUCUGAGCCUGGUUGUUCUCUUGCAGAUGUUUCAUUAUGCAAACUAGCUAACAUCCUCAGUGCUACUAGCACUGAUGAUGUUACCUAGUUUGAGUAAUGAAAUGUCUGGAAGAAAACAACCAGAUUGUUAUGGUCUAUAGGAAGGGAAUAUAUGGUUAAGUUCUCUGGUUAACUUUAAAUUUUCACUGAAAAGCGUGGUUGGAUGUCAUCAGAAAAUAAAUGAUAACUACAACAAACAGAUUUGGCAAAAAGAAAAGAAGAAUACAAUUUUUGCAAUAAUAUAUCAUCUUUUUUCUGUAAACUGGAAAGCUUUGUGCCAUGGCAACAGGUUUAUAGCUUUGAUGAUUUUUCUAUUUAUAAUUCUCCCUGUUCUCCCUCCUGUUAUCCCAGCAUGACUUUUAU